ACUCCAACCAUCGUCAAUCCUCGUCCCUCGGAUUGAAAACCCUAGCACCGUCCUCAACCUCGGCUUCCCAAAGGGUAAGCUAGACCACCCGCCGACGCCGACCCCGACCGAAGAAGCAGAGGCAGCUCCGCUCUCCGUUCGUCCGCCGCCAUGGGUCGCAUGCACAGCCGAGGUAAGGGUAUUUCAGCUUCUGCUCUGCCCUACAAGAGGACUCCUCCGAGUUGGCUCAAGAUUUCUUCUCAGGAUGUUGAGGAGAACAUUUGCAAGUUUGCCAAGAAGGGUCUGACUCCAUCACAAAUUGGUGUCAUCCUUAGGGAUUCUCAUGGUAUUGCUCAGGUCAGGAGUGUUACUGGGAGCAAGAUCCUGCGUAUACUGAAGGCCCACGGGCUGGCUCCUGAAAUACCUGAGGAUUUGUACCACCUUAUCAAGAAAGCAGUUUCCAUUCGGAAGCAUUUGGAGAGGAACCGAAAGGAUAAAGAUUCCAAGUUUAGACUCAUCCUGGUUGAGAGCAGGAUCCACCGUCUUGCUCGUUAUUAUAAGAAGACCAAGAAGCUACCACCUGUUUGGAAAUAUGAAUCUACAACGGCGAGCACUCUUGUGGCAUAAACACUCGAUGGCAGUUUCCAAGGGACGCCGCAUUCUUCACUUUCUUACAUUUGCCGCUUAAGUUACUGGACAGAACAUAUAGUUUUGGACCGUCAGUACUUUAGUUUUGGGGCUGUUUGAGAAAUUGGAUUGUAGGUCUUUUUCCUCCAUCUCUCUAUUUUCUUCUGUUCUCGGUGUCUCGCCAUGAUAAGUUGCGAAGUUCUUUAAUGUUCUAGCAUCGUUGGGACUCUAAGUCAAGCCAGGAAGCUUCUGCCAAAACAAUUCACUUAAUGGGUAAUAGAACACGAAAACACAAGUUUUGAGUAA